ACAACAGUACCACAUCACACGCUGCCACGACUCGCCAUUCCUUUCACUGCCGUCACGCUGUUGUGUGUACGCGCUACGUGUUGUCAACUUGCCAGCCACCACCACAAUGGCCAUGACCGACUCGUCGCUGGACGAUUCGAUCGAUCAGCGUACAGAGACCAAUUCCCUUGCGACCUUACCCGAUGAACUCCUGUUGCAUAUCCUCAGUUUCUUGACACCCCUCGAGCUGGCGCAGGCAGCGCAAACGUGCCGCAGGUUGGCCAUCACAAGUUACGACGACAUAUUAUGGAAUCCCAUAGUCAACGAAGCUGCCGCCGAAACUGUUCCUGAGCCAACCCCAAUGCGAUCCUUCCGAGACCUGUAUGUCUCGCUGUUCCCCUACUGGUUCCUGGCCACAAAUCGGAUCUGGUUUGGAGAUACAGAACCGACUGGCAAGCUGAUCCUCGCCCGCUAUGAUUCUUCCUUGGGUUCGAUCGUUGCUCACCAGGUCGUCGCGGUUGUAGCUAGGUCCAUGGAUCAGGUGAGCUUCUGGGAAAUGGAUAGAGACGUCCUCAUUCAUAGCUUUAACCCAGUUGUAUGCCUGGAUAUGAAUCAGCCGGUACUCAAGCUGGACAUUGCCAGUACCAGAGAAGAAGGCUCAGUCAAUGGUAGUCUAGUCGGCUGCGGUCGAGUAGAUUAUGGCAAGGAAACUACUAUGGAAACCUUUGCACAAUCGGGACUGCAUAGUGCGUUGACGCUGUGUCGCGCACUUCCAGCUGGAGCUAUCUCAGACACAACAGCUGUCUGGCCACCCUUGAGAAUCCCUGCUGCCAGCCGUGCCCGCAAUGCAAGUAGUGAUGGGUUCAAAUCUGCAGGCCACGCACCAGGAACCUUUUCUGAAGUGAGUCAGAACAACUUCAGGCUGAAAAAAUGGGCAGAAUAUCACGGUCGCACUUCACAUUCGUUCGGCGCCGCAAGUAGAAUUGCGGCGGCACUAGGGAUUGGUAUGCCAUUUAUCGAACAUCUCUAUCAAGACAAUAUGGAGUUUGGUCCAGGACCAAAAGACAUCACCACUUACAGUUCGCUGGUGCCGGAAUGCUACAUCCCAACAUCGGAUAAGCCUUGGCAGGGGAUCUUUGUCGGUGAUUACAGUACACACGGUUGCGAGUUUCUCCUCGUCACUCAGCCCGAUGAAGAACACGCUAGACCAUUACCAAGUGGGAUGGAUUGGAUGCGGGAAUGGUUUCGUGGUGGACCUCUCAAUCUCGCAGCAGCUGCCACCGUUUUCGACGACGACGAAGAAGAAGAAGAGGAAGAAGAAGACGGAGAUGAAGACGAUGGACUGCACGCUCAUGCCAACGAGCAGCCAGAUCCCGAGGUCGAAGUCCGCGAUGCUGAAACUGAUACUUUCCAGAGUACCGACACAGUAUCCAACGCAUUCCCGUACGUGCGGUCACAAGAUUAUGACGAUGUACCAUCCGGACGUCUCGAAGCGAUCAAAUUGACAGGAGAUCCGAACGUGCCGCGCUCGCAGUAUAGCUUCAUCGCGCCUGACAUCGGACACGGCGGCUUUCUGAGGGUUGCAGACGAAAACACCUUCAGAGGCGCUCGUGUGGUUCGUGCCGCAGGCCAUGUAGCAAGCCGAGGAUUUCGAGAGGAUCAUUACAUUCCCAGCCAGCUGAUCAUGAUCUCACACGAUCGUCUCGCACAGUUUUGGGAGGCCUUUGGGCACAUCACUUAUUACACACGUGUUGAUCUCGCCAGCUUGACGAGACAAGGUGCCGCUAGAGCUAGCUGAUCCACCGCCAAAUACAUACCCUUUGCCGUGUAUAUCAAUACGGCGUUCGCCAGAGCCCCGUGAUAUCAAUGCACGAACCGCUGAAUGUACAAAUAGCCGCUCCUCUAUCGGUCGAUCAACACGACCUCUGAUACCCCCAAAACGCCAUUCGCUGAUAUUCGGCCAGAUAAACAACAUUCGCCUCCCCA